GAUCUCUUGACUUUAGAGUUUAGACAAAUUAGAAUUUGGAAAAUUGCGAUUUCAGAUAUUUGUUAAUGUUAUCUAUUUAAUGAAAUUAUCAUGGAUUUUCUAAUGUCUGUCAAGUAAGACCCGGUCACAGCUUUAGAGAUAAAAUAACUAUAAAUACUAAAUGAUACAUUUUAAAUGCAAAACUCAAAAUGUCGAUCAAAGAAACUCUCAAAGAAUUGGGCUGGCACUUGAGUGAUGAAGGAGUUGAAGCAAUUAACGAUAAUGGGCAAAUUCAAGAUACACAUUUGCUUUCUAAACGUGCUUUAGAUUUUGAUUUACGUGACAUAGGUGAGGCAGCGUUUCCUGAAGAUUUUUUAAAAGAUCCUUCUAAGUUAGAGAAUCCUGUUGUGCUUCAAAUUCAAAAGAUUAGAAAUGUCUCAGCUCCCAAAGCCAAUGAAGAAUCUACUUCAGCUCCUCGUAUGUUGAAACUAAUUUUACAUGAUGGAAAAUCUACAUAUACAGCAUUAGAAACAAAUCCAAUACCAAAUUUUACAAUCAAUACUCCGCCCGGCACUAAAGUUCUACUUCAAAAUGAAGGAUUAGAAAUAUGUCAUAAUGUGAUCUGGUUAAAUUCUGACAUAGUCAAAAUUCUUGGAGGAAAAGUAUCUCAUAUGAUUGAAAAGUGGGAACUAAACAGGAGUUUGGCAAAACAUACAAGAGGUGCUGUUGAUGGUGGUCCACCUCCAUGGAUACCAUUUGGUCAAAGAUUAGAAGCUAAUCCACUUGAAAAACAAUUUAAAAGUCUGCAAGAAGCUGCCAAGCAGGAUAAUCCUGAGUUUGAAGCUCAAAGAAAGGGAGCUAUUGCAGAAGCCCAAAGAUUAUCUGGUGUUAAAAAGGUGUUUGGUGGAGGAACUAAGCCUCUAUUAGAUGCAAAUGUUCAGAAAAUUGUUGAUGCUGGAUUCACAGAAGAACAAGCUGAGAAUGCUCUUAAAUACACAAAAAAUAAUGUUGAAAGGGCAUUAAGAAUUCUCCAAAAGAGAGAUAACUCUGAGAACCGGACUAAAGAAAAGCAGAGGGAAUCAGAACCUGCACCAAAACGAAAAGGACGAAAUAAAGAUAAAGAUGAUGAUGAUGUUAUUCCAGUAAAACCAUCUGGUAAAGUGUCUUUAUUUGACUUUUUAGAAGAUAAACUACCGAAUGUUCCUGACCGACAAAAAGAAAGGAAUAAUCGUAUUGAACUUAGUUCAGCAGUCGAUGAAAAAAGUGAUAGAAAUUAUGGGAGUAGAGAACGAAAUAAUUCUCGAUAUAAUUCGCGUUCCCAGGGGCCUAGACAUGAGAGACAAGAUGGCCCACGGCACCGCAACGACAGAGGACAUUUUAAUGAUCAUCAUCAGUCAUCAUCUCAUAGAGAGGAUAGAAAAUACCAGACACAGGCUGAAACGCCACCUCGCUUCCAAAAGAAGUUUGAGGAAAUGAAUAAACAUUCAAAUAAUCAAUAUCCCUACAAGAAUUACAAUAAUCAAUCUCAGAACCAAUACAACAAUAGAAGAAGUGAGAGGAAUCAUGAGAACAAAGUUCAACAGCAACCGCAAUAUCCUAAUAACUCGCACUCAAUGGAGAAAUUAGUUGAAGCAACUGCGAACCUAAAUCUAAUGUCAAACCAACAGUGUUCAAAUGAAGAGAAGCCAUCUCCACAAUAUCAACCUUCCGAGCAACCGUAUCCUAAGCAUCAGAAUUAUCAGAAUCAAAAUGUCCCAGAAAUGCAGCCCUUUAGGCGAAAUAACGAUGUGCCAAAAUACCAGGAGCCAAAUUAUCAGCGCCGACAACAACCCAAUGGCUAUGUUGAACAACCUCAAAAUAUGUAUCCAAACGCUUAUAUGGCUAAUAUGCAAGGGGGCUACAACAAUAGGCAGUAUGGGUACGGAGGGAGACCCCAUGAGUUUAAUACUAUGAGGACGGGAGGUCCGUUCCUACCUGGAUCAUUACUGGGCUUCCAAAAUGCCGCUGUUAAUGAACAAGCGCGUGCGAUGCUGGGCGUCGCCGAGAUUAACUGGAAAGUUGGUGACCGAUGUCUAGCUUUGUACUGGGAAGAUAAUAAUUUCUAUGAAGCGGAGAUAACUGGUAUAUCAGCAAACACUGUAGUAGUUAAAUUUUGUGCAUAUGGUAACCAUGAAGAAGUUCUCAAAUCCAACUGCUUGCCAUAUCCAAACCAAGCGACCUCCAGCGGAGGCUAUGCGUCGCGGGGCGUAUUCCCCGCACGCAGACCCUAGUGGCGCGGGGCGGCGCCGCGGGCCUCCGCCCCCGCCGCCCUCUCCGCGCCGCGCGCCCUGCCGCUGCCCGCCAGCUGAUACCACUCACACCCGACUCACUCAUACCACACGACUCGCACACACACUCACCCCACACACACCGCACACACUGCCGCCCUGAAUAUUGACGGACAUCAGUUACACUACUGGAACGACCCCGAGCGGAUCACUAUGUUCGUAGCCACGUGGAACUAUGAACGUGAUGUGUUGUUAGGCAGCGACUCUUUGGAUGUCACUCAGUACGAGGAAUGACGUUUUUGACGUUUUGACGACAGCACGAAUAAAUGGACUAUCUCGAAGACGGACUUAAUUAUUGUUCAAAACAAUCUUGAACUUCAACUUUAACUUAAAAUCCUAAAAUUAUAAGGAUUUAUUAAAACUAAAAUGAAGUUUAGGAUUUUAAGUUAGUCUAACUGAUUAUGUUGUAAUAUUGUCUAAAUCAA